CGUUUCCAACUGGAGGCUCCUGCGCUGCGGACGGAGAGAGAGAAACGACCAGAGAGGAGGGAGGAGGCUCAUCGCUCCGUGCAGCACUCGGUAGCAUCAUGGCACCUAUCGGAUUAAAGGCGGUGGUCGGAGAAAAGAUUAUGAACGAUGUUAUCAAGAAGGUGAAGAAGAAGGGAGAAUGGAAGGCUCUGAUUGUGGACCAGCUGAGCAUGAGGAUGUUGUCUUCCUGUUGCAAGAUGACAGACAUCAUGACGGAGGGCAUUACCAUUGUGGAGGACAUAAACAAGCGGCGAGAGCCACUUCCCAGCCUGGAGGCCAUUUAUCUGAUUACACCAACAGAGAAGUCGGUCCACACACUCAUUUCGGACUUCAAAGACCCUCAUUCAGCUAAAUACAAGGCAGCCCAUGUUUUCUUUACGGACUCCUGCCCUGAUCCGCUCUUCAAUGAGCUGGUUAAGAGCCGGACCUCUAAAUUCACCAAGACUCUGACAGAAAUCAACAUCGCCUUCUUGCCCUACGAGUCUCAGGUGUACUCUCUGGACAACCCAGAUGCCUUCCACAGUUUCUACAGCCCUCACAAGGCCCAGCUGAAGAACCCAGUAAUGGAGAGGCUGGCUGAGCAGCUGGCCACGAUCUGCGCCACCCUGAAGGAGUACCCGGCUGUCAGAUACCGAGGGGAGUACAAGGACAAUGCCACCCUUGCCCAGCUGGUUCAGGACAAACUGGACGCCUAUAAGGCUGAUGACCCCACCAUGGGAGAGGGUCCUGAUAAGGCCCGCUCACAGCUGAUCAUCCUGGACCGAGGUUUCGACCCGGUGUCACCCGUCCUACACGAGCUCACCUUCCAGGCCAUGGGCUACGACCUGCUGCCCAUCGAAAACGACGUCUACAAAUAUGAGACCAGUGGUAUCGGAGACUCACGUGUCAAGGAGGUUCUUCUGCAUGAAGACGAUGACCUGUGGGUGAGCCUGAGACACAAACACAUAGCCGAGGUGUCCCAGGAAGUCACACGUCAGCUAAAGGACUUUUCUGCCAGCAAGAGGAUGAACACUGGUGAGAAGACCACGAUGAGGGAUUUGUCCCAGAUGCUGAAGAAGAUGCCACAGUACCAGAAGGAGCUCAGCAAGUACUCCACUCACCUGCAGCUUGCUGAGGACUGCAUGAAGCACUACCAGGGAACAGUGGACAAGCUGUGCCGCGUGGAACAGGAUUUGGCUAUGGGCACCGAUGCUGAAGGGGAGAAGAUCAAAGACCCAAUGAGGGCCAUCGUUCCCAUUCUGCUGGAUGCCAAUGUCAGCACAUAUGAUAAGAUCCGUAUCAUCCUGCUGUACAUCUUCCUCAAGAACGGUAUUACAGAGGAGAACCUGAACAAGCUGAUCCAACAUGCUCAGAUUCCCCCUGAGGACAGUGAGAUCAUCACCAACAUGGCUCACCUGGGGGUCCCCAUCGUCACAGAUUCCACCCUUCGCAGAGGAAAGAAGAUGGACAGGAAGGAGCGUGUGAGUGAGCAGACCUAUCAGCUUUCUCGCUGGACUCCCCUGAUCAAGGACAUCAUGGAGGACGCCAUCGAUGAUAAACUGGACACUAAACACUACCCUUACAUCUCCACCCGCUCCUCUGCUUCCUUCAGCACCACUGCAGUCAGUGCUCGAUACGGACACUGGCACAAGAACAAGACACCCGGAGAGUACCGCACUGGUCCGCGAGUUAUGGUCUUCAUCAUUGGAGGCGUGUCUUUCAGCGAGAUGCGUUGUGCCUAUGAGGUCACACAGGCCAACGGGAAGUGGGAAGCUGUCAUUGGUUCCACCCACUUGCUCACCCCAACCAAAUUCUUAUCGGACCUGCAGCACCCCGACUUCCGAGAGUCCACUAGGGUGUCCUUUGAGGACGCACAGCCCUCAGACGAGUGAGGCAGAGACAGAUUGGGAGGGAGGGAGACAGAAAUCACACAGAACAAAGAUCGACCCACAUCUUCACUCCCACCUGCCUGCUGGAGCAGCUCAAGGCCAUGAACAAACCAGACGAGGAAGUGACGAGCUAAAAUCCUUCAGUCAAAUUCUGCUCUUCAUACCUUCAUCCCUCUUAACCGUCCCUGCC